AUGAUGGCUAUUCCAUCACAAUGUUCAUUAGAAUUACUUAAAGAUUCAUCAUCUCAUCUAUUAAUUAAACCAUCUACACAUAUCAUCAAUAAUGAUUGUUUAUCUUAUUCAAUAAAUCCAAUGAUAGAAUCAAUAAUUGAUUCAUCAAAUAUUGAUCAAUUGACUAUAAAAUCAAUAAAUCAUCAUCAUCAUCAUCAUCAUAAUGAUAAAUCAAUAUCAUCGAAUUCUACAAAUGAUUGUCCUAUAGAAACACAAUUAUAUAAUGAAGAAGAGAAAAUCUUAACCCAAUGUUUAAUUCAUGAUAAUACUAAUAAUACUACUAAUAUUAAUAAUAAUACUACUAAUAAUAGUAAUCAAUUAUUAAAUGAUGAUUUAUUAUUAAAUGAUUUGUAUUAUGAUCAUAAUCUAUUACAUAAUCCAUAUUUAUAUCAUACAUAUUAUGAUAUUGAUUAUGAUUUAACUGGAAUCACACCAUUCAAUCAUUCAUCAUUAAUGAAUAAUCCUGGUUUAACAAGAUCUACAAGAAAAAUUGAUAAUGAUCCAACGAUAUUAUUAACUUUAUUAAAAUGGGCACGUAUUGGUUCGAAUCAAUUCCAUGGAGAUGAUGAUCUAAUUGAUCGAAUGAAUUAUCAAUAUACAAGUGUAUUAUUAUUAAUUUUAUUAACAUUAACUGGAUUUCGACAAUAUUUAUCUCAUCUCCCAUUACAAUGUUGGAUACCACAAGAAUUUUCACGUAGUUGGGAAGAAUAUGCUGAACAUUAUUGUUGGGUAACAAAUACAUAUUUUACUAAUGUUCAAUCAGCUAUUCCACCUGUUAAUAAUCGUACAACAGUUGUACGUUAUUAUCAAUGGGCUACAUUUGUAUUCAUAUUACAGGCUGCUGGAUUUUUUCUACCAUGUCUUAUUUGGAGAUUACUUCAGAAUCAUUCAGGAUUUCAUGUUCAACGAAUAAUGCGUAGUGCAAUUCGUUUAAAUUGUGCUGAAACAGAUUCAUCACAAUUAAUUACAUAUGGAUUAGCACGAUAUAUUGAUAGUGUUAUUUAUCAUAGAUCAUAUAAACAAUGGCGUGUUCAUUCACCAAAGAUAAAAUCACAUUUCAAACAUAAAUCACCACAGAAUAAUUCUAUGAUUAAAUCCACUCAAAAGUCUACUUCUCAUACAUCAUCCUCUACAACAUUGACAUCAACAUCACAUGAUAUUGGCACUGAGACAAAAUUUGUUAAAUUUGAUAAUGAAUCAUUGCCAACAAAACAAACAUCAAAUCCAUGUAAAACUUUACCAAAUGAAUCUAUGGUGUCACGAAGUUAUAAAAAACAACCUGCACCACAACCGCCAGUAACCACCACCAAUUCUACCACUACUACUACUACUAGUACUACUACAAUUACUACCACUACCACUUCUACUAAUACUACUUCCACAACUACUGUUAUUACUACUAAUACUACAACUACAACUACGGCUGUUAUGGUCACUACAAAGAAUUCUUUAAAAGUAAACUCUGAUCAAAUCAUUUAUACAUCUAGUCCUAUAUUAAAAUCUACAUCAAAUGUUAUACAAUCAAAAUUGAAUUCUUUAUCAUCAAAACAAAAUGAUCAUAGAAAAUUCUAUUCACCUAUAUGUAAUACAUGUAGAUUAUGUUUUAAUAAUUUAUCAAUAAUCGAUAGAAAAAUAAAAACAAAAUCAAUUCAAUCAUUAGUAACUACUUCUACAAUAACAGAAAUAUCACCACCACCACCACCACCACCAUCAUCAUCUUCAUCAUCACUACUACCAACAACAACAACAACGCCCACCGAGUUAACAACCGGUGCAAUUUUAUUCAACUCAAAGAAUAAUUCAAAAUUACAAAGUACUCAAUCAGCAUUGAAUCCAUCCCAACAAAAAUCAUCAUCAUCAUCAUCAUAUUAUAAUCAACAACAAUCAAUGAAAUCUAAUAAACAAUCAUUAUUACAUAAUUAUAAAUCUAAAUCUAAAAUAUUUUCUAUUAAAAAUACAUGUUAUCAAUUAAUAUAUAAUUUAUGGUUAUUUUUACGUUGUUUCUUAACAUUAUUAUGUUUAUUACCAACAUGUUUAUUUCAUUGGUUGCUAUGUGGUAAUGGUGUUAGUGGUGGUGGUGGGGGUGGUAGCGUUGGUAAUCAAAAAAUUAAAAGAAUUCAACGUAGUCAUAGUUUUUUAUUUUAUUUAUAUGUUACUAUCAAAUUAUUAUAUUUAAUAAAUAUAAUUGGACAAAUAUAUUUAAUGCAAAUAUUUCUUGGUGUCAAAUCAUAUUUUUUUGGUAUUUAUGUAUUAAAAGAUUUAAUCUAUGGGAAUAUAUGGAGUGAAACAGGACAUUUUCCACGUGUAACCUAUUGUGAUUUUGAAGCGAAAAAAUUAGGAAAAAAUUAUAAAACAUUAUGGAAUUUAUUUUUAACAAGAUUAUAUACAAUACAAUCGAUAACUUUAUCAAAAAUCAAUAAUCCAUUAAUUGAUUCAAUGAAUGAUGAUCAAAAGAAAUUCUCCUAUUUAUAUCAAUCAAUCAAUAGAAAUCAAUCAAAUGUAUUAUUGAAAUCAAUAAUCAAUGAACAAAAUGAUCAUAAUAAUAAUAAUAAUAAUAAUAAUAAUCAAUUAUUUAAUGAUCAUUUCAUGACAUCAUUAAAGAAAUAUCCAAUAACAAAAAAUUAUUCAAAAUCAUUUCUAUAUAAUCACGAUCAUAUUGAUCCGAUAUUCUAUUUAAAUUAUAAUCAUAAUGAUCCUUUCAUAUAUUCUAAACAAUUUCAUUCAUGUUGUCAACCAGUAACUAAGUAUGGAGAAACAAUGAAUGUUACUACUAAUAAUAGUAAUAAUAUGAACAUUUGUCAUUCGACAGAUAUAUUUGAAAGUUCCGAUAGCAUUGUAUAACACAUUCAUAUUCAUCAUGAUGAGUUUUCGUGUGUGUGUGUGUGUGU